AUGGCGACCGGUGAGAGGCGAUCAAAUCUCAGGUUGUUCUGGACGUUUUUGAUUCUGGAGCAAGGCUACACACGCACGACUCGCCAUGGAGACUGUCUCAAACUGUGUACUUACAACGCGAGAACAGUUUCCACAGACGCUGACCUGCAUGCCCUUCUCGGAGCUGCAGAGCGUAUCAAAUUUCACGUGAUUGCUCCGCAGGAGACCAAGUGCAGGAGUAGCGACGUACGACAGAUGAAUGACGGUACACUCGUCAUUUGCGAAGAGAAGGUUCCGUCACGAAAUGAAGGCGGUUUUGGCUUUGUUGUGCACCCAUCUGUCAUCUAUCUUGUCGAUUCUGACGAGAUCCUGUCACCUCGUCUGGCCAUUCUUCGUCUCCGUCAUCUGCGCCAAAUUCCCAUCAGUAUCAUCAUUUGCUAUUCACCAACAUCAGCAGCUGAUGAAUCCGAAUUGGUCGCGUUUUACGAGGAACUGGAGGAAUUGAUCCGCAACGAGAAGUCCUUCUACAAAUUUGUUGUCGGAGGCUUAAACGCAGAAUUAGGAAAGGCUACAGAAGAGGAAUACAGGAUCGGAAGAUUUGGACUAGGGGACCGGAAUGAAAAUGGCGAUCGUCUCGCCGGUAGCCUUGCUGAGCGAAGACGGGACUCGCAGACUCCUCGUCGUGAGGUGAAAAUCAUUACGGAGAGGUUCUACUCGAACCUUUUCCGUUCAUCAACUCCUGUGCCAAGCUCGAUCAUCCCCACUCGUGAAGCUCCACCACAGAAUCUCCCUUCGGAAGUACGAGUCGCUAUCAAGAGCAUGAAACCUGGCAGAGCCCCCGGACCUGAUUUUAUAUCAGCAGACUUUCUUAAGGCUGGUGGCCAUCCACUUCAUGUAAUCUUAGCAGCGCACAUGACACCCUACCUUCAGAAAGAAAGGAUUUGA